AAGCGCGUCGUUCGUCUCUCUCGCACCUUCCAUGCACCAACAAGACUCGUCUACACUUGUUCUAUUCUCUGAGCGACCAGAGUGGGCAGAUGUCACGCCUUUAGAACAGUACGAAGGCGUCAACCCCCUUGCACCCAUUUACUACUCGGAAGAAUAUAAGGAUGCAACAUCGUAUUUCCGAGGAAUCGUCAAGGCUGGGGAGAUGAGUCCUCGCGUACUGGAGCUCACGGAGGCCAUCAUCCGUAUGAACCCAGCACAUUACUCCGCAUGGCAAUAUCGCUACAAGACCCUCCUUGAGCUCAACAAUCCGCUUGAUGACGAGCUCGCACUCAUGGACGAGAUCGCGGUGAAACACCUGAAGACGUACCAGGUCUGGCACCACCGACGGCUGCUCGUCGCGCGCACGCGGGAGCCGGCACGCGAGCUCGCGUUCCUGUCACGGUCACUCCGGGCGGACACGAAGAACUACCACACGUGGUCGUAUCGCCAAUGGCUGCUCGCAUACUUCAACGAGGACACGCUGUGGGAGAGGGAGCUCGAUUUUGUAGGUGAUUUGCUCGAGGAGGAUCUGAGGAACAAUUCGGCGUGGCAUCAUCGGUUCUUUGUUGUAUUUCAAUCUGGGGUGCGGAAGGGGGACGAGGAUCGAGGCGCAGUUGCUCAGAGAGAGAUUAGUUUCGCGAAGCAAUACAUCGCCAAAGCGCCUAACAACGCUUCGGUGUGGAACUACCUGCGAGGUGUCCUGGAACAUAGCAAGAUUCCCUUCUCUGAGCUUCAGAUCUUUGUCACUCCGUACACUCUCCCCCAACGAUCCGAAGAUGAUGCCCCGGCAGAAGUCAUCGACCUCGAAAACCCUCUGCCCUCCAAGCUGGCUCAGCUGCCAUGUGUUGCGGCGAUCGAGUUCUUGGCUGAUGUGCACGAGGCCGCUGGUGGCGAUAGCAUUAUGAAAGCUACAGAGUUGUGGAAAUUGCUCGCAGACGAGCAUGACACGAUUCGCAAGAAGUACUGGGAGUAUCGCAUCAGAGAGGCUCUACGUACAGUAUAAGUCCAACUUAUUCGAGCCUUCUUACACUCCUACUUGUAUCAUAGCCCAAUCAUUGGUCUUGUCACGCCUUGAUGAAAACACAUGUCUGUUUUAGCGCGCGCUCAAGGGCAAGACUCGUCGAGAUGUCGCUGCCCCGGUUAUGACUACCCCUCAAGUCAUCCGUGGUACAACAAUGAAGUCAAGUUAACUGGUCUGACUUGUUGAACAAAAGUUCGCCAAACACUGCGUUGCAAGUACCAAGGCGCACUCUCGUGGACGCCGGACC